ACCUGAAUUACUGUACCAACCACAAGCCAUGCCAGAAUGAAGCCACCUGCACCAACACAGGUGAGGGAAGCUACACCUGCACCUGCCAACCUGGGUUCUUUGGCAAAAACUGUGAAAUUGAGACCAACGAGUGCGAGAGCAGCCCAUGCAAGAAUGGCGGCAGCUGCAAAGAUUUGGUGAACAAUUAUUCGUGCGCAUGCCCUCAGGGUUUCUACGGAGAGAACUGCGAGAUCAGUGCCAUGAGAUGUGCAGACGGGCCAUGUUUUAAUGGGGGAACCUGUGUGGAGACUGACGCUGGCGGGUACAGCUGCCACUGCCCGACUGGCUUCACUGGCUCCAACUGCGAGAAGCGAAUUGACAAAUGCAGCAGCAGCCCCUGCAUUAAUGGUACAAAGGUCCUGAGAGGAAAAAAAGAGGUGUAAAAGGUUAAAUUUUACAGUGUAACAUUAUGAACUAGGUCUGACUUUUAGUCAGCAGUUUCAUUAAAUUUAGGUUUAUGCCAGAUUUAUCACAGUUUAACAGUGAUCAGGUUGUCAGAAUUUGAAACAAACUAUGAAAAACCUAACAUGUCUGAUAAUUAACAUAA